ACAAACAAGGAAGUGGAGAAGAGAAAAGAAAUUCAGCAGUACAGAGAAAAUGUUAGUCAGAAUGUUAGUCAACCCCAAACAAUAUUUUCAGCCUCAGAGGGUGUGAUAUAUGAUUCUAACAACUGUGUGCAUGUGCAGUUACUAAAGUGCUUGUGAGUGUGAUGGAGCUGCAGCAGCGUUUCUCUCUCUCUGCAAAUGAAUAUGAAGAGGGGGACGGGGACAGGGACAAAGAUGGAGAGAAGAGGGAGAUGCAGAAAAAUGAUGCUGUUAAAACAGAAGAUCUUUAUCAGUGUCUUCAAUUCCCACCUACUGCACACCAAGGAACUAUAAACAGUACAACACUGGUCUCAGAACGCAGUGAAAGGAAGUAUGUGUUUUUAUUGUCUGCUGUGAACAUUCUCAUCUCAGUCAUCAUCCUUGUCAUUGUGAUCGUAAAUUACUCUCACAACAGGGAAUCACAACAGAGAAUCACAACAGAAUCACAAGCAAUAAAAGGACAAAAAGAAAUGUGGCUUCUUCAUGACAAUGUGUUUUACUUGUUCUGGAGUGACCGCAGUGACUGCAGCGCUGCUGAGAGCUUCUGUUCUAAGAGAGAUGCCAGUCUGGCCAUUUUAACUGAGCGUAACAAGGUCUGGUUGAUGUCAAAAACCAAUGGACAGCAAUUUUUGGUCUCAAGAACCUCAUCAUAUGGAUCUGGAGACAUGGAUUCUCCAUCAGUGGAUGACGAUCAUGAAGAUUAUGAGUGUGGCAUCAUGACUGAUAAUGUUAAUACAGAUCAUGGAGAAGGAUUUGUGUGUGAGAGGAGAAUGAAUCCCUAAGGCAGAAAUUUUGGACUUCGGAGACUUUUUUUGCUGAAUUUAUGUACUGAACAGCUCUUCGGCCCAAAGUUAAGCUUCCAGACAUGUGAUGUACUUCAUUUGUCUUGUUUAAUUAUUACUGUUCAUAUAAAAUAAUGCUUUAUUAAUUUGUGCAAGGCAAUUUCUCUAAAAUUCUCUACUAGGCAAAAUAACAAUAUUGUCUCCAGAAGUUACAGAUAAGAGACUGUCUCCCUUUAAGGCUUUCAAUGACAUUUUUAAAAAGCAAUAAUUUCCAAUCUCUUUUUCUUGUUUUAAGAACACUUGAUGAAUUUGCUCCUAGGCAAAUGGAAUCGGGCAGAUUUUUGGCUAUGUCUAAGGUUAUUCAAUAAAUUGAGCUCAUGUAUUAUGA